UAUUCACUUGACCCAGAAAACCCCACAAAAUCAUGCAAAUAAAGAGGUUCAAAUCUUUAUGUUCACUUUAAGAACACCCGUGAAACUGCUCAAGCCAUCAAGGGUAUGCAUAUCCAUAAAGCCACCAAGUAUCCGAAGGAUGUCACUUUACAGAAACAAUGUAUUCCAUUCAGACAUUACAAUGGUGGAGUUGAUAGGUGUGCCCGCGCCAAACAGUGGGGUUGGACACAGGGUCGGUGGCCCAAACAGAGUGCUGAAUUUUGUUGCACAUGCUUAAAAAGGCACUGGGAUAAUGCUGAACUUAAGGGUUUAGAUGUAGAUUCUCUGGUCAUUGAGCAUAUCCAGGUAAACAAAGCACCCAAGAUGCACCACCAUACUUACAAAGAUCAUGGCCAGAUUAACCCACACAUUAGCUUCCCCUGCCACAUCAAGAUGAUCCUUACUGAAAAGGAGCAAAUUGUUUCCAAACCAGAAGAAGAGUUUGCACAGAAGAAAAAGAUAUCCCAGAAGAAACUGAAGAAACAAAAACUUAUGGCUUGA